AUGAGUUCUCUGGAUCCCAUUCCUGACGAUCAUCGCCCACUCAAGCUGGCCAACCUCCUGUUCCUAACCUUGUGCUCAGCUCCAGACCAGUCACACCUUCUCACAGCUCCGAAGCUUCAGAGAUUGACAUAUUACUUCUGGGGAUUGAGGGAGUUUUACACUCGCCCGAUUGACUUCCAUGGAGAGCAGUGGCCUGAGCUCUUGCACCUCGAUCUCCUUCUAUAUCAUGAGCUCCGUGUCAAUUUCCAUGGAAGAUUCAUGUUAUGCAAGCUUACACUUCGCUAUCCUGCUGGCGUCGCCAGUAUAUGUUACCAGAUGGCGCUUCACCCAGGACUAUUCCCAGUACUGCAAGAGUUGUACCUGAUGAGCCCCCCUGAGUGGGACAUAUUAUGCAUCAUGCUGGAGAAGCGACUUGUGGCUCGAACCAAGGGAGUGAAAGGGCUUACAAGACUCUACGUCGGAUAUGUCGCACCUGAUAUCCGACAUUUCAUACAGACUAUACUCAACGGACAGAUUUCCGAACGAGGAUCCAACUACGAGUUGUCUUUUUUGCGGAUUUCCGAGAGCUUGUGCGAUAACACGAUGUAA